AUGGCCACCCUUGUCAAGCACCUCAUCCUGUGCUCCAGCACUACCACAUCGUCCUCGGCUUCUCCGUCCCCGUCGAACCGUCGCCCGCCGUCGUCUCCGGAUGGCGCCGACAAGCGCGCCCACUUGACGCAGUCCUCCACGCGCCGGCUCGCAGUCGCCGCGUCAACGGCAAUGGUCGCAACGGCGGCACUUUCUGCCCGGCGACCCGCGGCGCCGCCCCCAGCCAUGGCCGCGGAGGCGGCCGCGUUGCGGGCACCGGCGCCCCCGGGAACCGUGCCGAGGUGGGGCACGAGGUCCUACGUCAGAGAGAGGUUCUUCGAGCCCGGGCUGACCACGGAGGAGGCCGCGGCGCGCAUCCGGCAAACGGCGGAGGGAAUGCGGACGCUUCGGCCAAUGCUGGAGACCAUGUCGUGGAAGUACGUACUGUUCUACGUGCGGCUCAAGUCCAAGUACCUCGACCUCGACCUCACCACCGCCAUGGCCGGUGUCCCCGAGCCGCGCCGCCCCGAGUACGUCCUCGUCGCUAACGAGCUCGUCGACAAUAUGACCGAGUUCGACCGGUUUGUGCGGACUCCCAAGGUGUACGAGUCGUACCUCUACUAUGAGAAGACCCUGAAGUCGCUGGAUGACGUGGCAGAGUUCCUUGGAUGA